AAAACAGACGGGAUCGGAGAAGAUUUGUGUCUAAUUGUCACGAUUCUUCCGAGAUGGACGUUGGAGUGUCCAAGUCCCAUGUGUUUCUCAACUACAGCCCCAGAGCCCUCUUCUCCCAGUGGAGCAUCCCGCUGGGUGCACGGCUUGUCAUGGACGCAGUAAAGGAAGGUCACAAGAGCACCAUGAGCUCGGGCAAAAUGGUGGCUCUGGCGGCAGGGCUCUCUGUCGGGGCCACGGUGGGCUACAUUGUCUACCGUCAUAUAAGCAGCACCAACAACAUUCAGGGGCCCAACACUGAGGUGUCCAAGAUGACACUUCCUGUAGAGGUUUAUAGAAGCAUAUCCAGAUGCCAAGCCAAGUUUUUGGACAUGGUGACCCAGAAAUCUGGAGCUCAUGUGAGGGUUUUGUCAGAUGCAGGGGAGCCUGGAUGUAAGACGGCCGUGUGUUUCCUGCUGCAGGGUUCUAAGGAGCAGGUCCUGUUGGCUCGCUGUGUCCUGGAGAACCUGGUCACUGAAUGUGAACCGGUGGCGGAGGAUUUGGAGGUUCCUCAGACCGCCUUUGGACGUAUAAUAGGCCGCGGUGGAGAGAGCCUGAAACUCAUCACUAGGACCACAGGAGCCAAAGUGGUUUGUUCCAAAGAGAAGUCGCCUGGUCCUGGGGCAAAGGGCAAUGUGACAAUCACAGGGACCAGACAGGAGGUGAAACAGGCCAAGGAGCUUAUUCUCGAAAAAGUCAAAGAGGACAUGAUGGUGAGGACAAAGAUCUCCCAGUCAUCUGCUCAGCGGCAGAAACGUGGUCAUACUGCUGUGAAUCAGAGGCCAGACAGCACGAAGACUGAAGCACCAGUGGGCCUGAACAACAACGGUCCUUACUCCCAGACUGAGAAAAAUGGGCUUAUCCAUGCCAAUGGAACCACAGGAGAGCCUGAGAAAAUUUUAAACAAGCUAGAGGAGCUGAAAAUCACUAACACGGACAACAAUGGGGAGGACGAGAGUUUGUCCGCUGACUCUCUCUCUGAAAUUUCCAAGUUCGAAAUUCCCAGCCCAGACCUGAGCUUCCAGCCCGAUGAACAUCUCGAGGUUUAUGUUUCUGCUCAUGAGAACCCCAACCACUUCUGGAUUCAGAUCCUGGGGGUUCGCUCCCUGCAGCUGGACAAGCUCACAGAGGAGAUGAACCGCUUCUACAACAGUGUCAACCCCACUGAGCAGAGGGUAGAGACCAUUGUCGUGGGGGACAUUGUGGCUGCUCCAUACCAAGACCACGGCACAUGGAACAGGGCCAGGGUGCUGGGUGUCCUAGCCUCUGGACUGGUGGACCUUUACUAUGUUGACUUUGGGGACAACGGGGAGCUGCCCAGAGACAGCCUCUGCAGAAUGAGGAGUGACUUCCUCAGCUUGCCAUUCCAAGCUAUUGAGUGCAACUUAGCAGGAGUAAGACCAAAAGGAGAGGUGUGGACUGAGGCAGCCCUGGACGAGUUUGAGCGGCUCACAUACUGUGCCUCCUGGAGACCUCUGCAGGCCAAACUGUGCAGCUACUCUCACUCUGAGAUCUCCUCCUGGCCUAGUGUCAGGCUCUGUGACACCAGUGAGGGCAAGAUGGUGGAUAUUGGUGAGGAGCUCAUAAGGCUGGGCCAUGCUGUCAGCUUCCAGGAGGUUGCAAACGGGAGGACUGAGGGAGACAAUCUUGGCUGUCUGCGGAGGAUGCUGGAUGAUGUAAUAGGAGCAUCAUCAGAGCUCAGUCUCUCCUGUAUCAGCUUGUCAGGCGCUCAACAAAGUGAAGGCUGGUCGUGUGAGCAGACAUCAUUGGUGCCAUCUCCAUGUUAUGCACACAUCCUGAGAUCUGUGGAGCUACAUAAUAGGCUGCCUCAAUCUCAGGAAGCGUUGAUGAUGUCAUAGAGGAUGAGCUCCUCUGAGACCAAAGAUGUACAUAAAUAUCAAGCACUGAUGAUCCACUCCUCUGUAUCAGUUCAAGUGGGAUGAUGGGACCUUUCCUUGUCUGACCCGAACUCAACCACAUAAAUCCUCAUCGUGAAGCCUUACCUACUAGACAAGCGACAGCGUGGCAGUUCUUCCAGCCAUAUUCACUUUAUUGUUGUUACUUCAGUACAGAAUGAAUAUGUUUUACCUUUAUUCUGUUCUGUAUUACCUUAUGCUGCUUUGCUUUUAUGUGUUGUUACUAUAUUUUGUGUUCAAGAAAUGAAGAGAGGAACAAAAACAGAAUGCCAGUAUUAUUUUUGAAAAGCACUGUGAUAAAAUCACUGGAGACAGAAGGCAGCUGGUUAGCUAAUAAUCAUAUCAGUUUGUUUCUCGACUUGUAUGUGUAUUAAGAGUUAACUGCCAGUCUAUUUGGCUUCUCCAGUUAUUAUAUUUUGGAAAUGAAUACAUUAUAUACAUAUUGAAUGUGGCCCUCAGAUUUUGUUCAGUAUAAAAAUGUGGCAUCUACUGUAUCAUUAACUAAGGACAGAGGAAAGUGGUAGUUUGUCUUCAGAGGUGUAAUAGACUGCACUAUAUAUAAUAAAGGAUUUAUUUUAUGUCACAAGAA